AUGUCGAAUUUCUGGGGCCUAAUCUGAACAGGCCUUGUACUGCAAGGUUUCCACUUAUUCAUCAAGCAAAUGCAGCCCCAGCCAGUCACAGAGAGAAACCCUAACUAACCCCUUUCGCUCUCUCUCAUCCCGUGGAGCUGAAGCUGGGCAAUGCCGUAGAGCAAGCAGAGCCGGCGAGCCGCCAUGCCGCUCCGCGCCGCGCUCCGCCUCCGCCGCCUCUUCUCCACGGACGCUGCCCCCGCGCCGUCGAGGCUGCGCAACCUCCCCUACCGCCUCCGCCACGCCGCCGUCCCCGCCGCGCGCGCCGCCGUCUCCGAGUACCUCCACUCCACGCGCUGCCUCCCGUCCUCCCACGCCGACUCCAUCGCCGCGCACUCCCCGCGCUCCCUGCUCUCAUUCCUCGCCGCGCUCCCCGCCGUGCCGGGCACCCUCCCCACCGCCGAGCUCCCGGCCUUCCUCCGGCGCCACCUCGCCUUCAACCCGCUCAACGAGCUCCCAUUCUUCCUCGAGUCCAUCGGCGCGCCACCCCAUGCUGCCGUCAGCGCGCCCCGCUCCGACCUCAUGUUCCUCGCCGACCACCCCUCCCUGCUCGGCUCCGUCGCCGCGCUCGCCCACUUCGGCUUCCCCUGGUCCCGCCUCGGCUUCCUCUUCCCCGCCGUCCUAUUCGGUGUGCCCCCGGAUCUCAUCUCUGCGCGCCUCGCCGCACUCGAGGCCCGCCUCCACCGGCUCCCUCGCGCCGCUAUCAUCGCCGCCUGCCUCACCUUCCCCUCGCUUCUCGAGUGCGAUCUCUCCGACGGUGACCCACUCGUUAAGGAUCUUGGCACCGCGUUUCGAUCGCUGAGAUCUGAUUUGGGGUCCAGCAAUGACAUUGACGCGUUCUCGGGGGUGUGCCGGAGGAUGCAAAUGUUCUAUGAUGCUGGAGCAGAGCUUGGUAGCAUUGGGGGUCUUGUCGGCGGCAGCCGCAGGGUGUUUCUUGAGGUAGACGAGAAGAGGAUUGGUAAGAGGUUGAGAUUCUUCAAAGAGCUGGGGAUAGUGGGGAAGGAGUUGGGAAGGUUCUUGCUGACCAAUGCCGGGGUUUUUGACCUUGAUUUCUCUGAUGCGGUGAUCUCGGUGCCAGAGUACUUGCAUCGAGUUGGGCUGGCAGAUGAUGAGGUUGAUGCAGCAGUAGGAAAGCACCCGUAUGUUGUUGGGAAGAACCGGCUGGAGAAUCUCCCCAGGGUGCUGCGGGCAAUGGAGCUGGAGCAUCGGUUCCUGGAGAAGAUUUCUGUUGGUGGGGAGAGCUUGCGUUAUUUGACACCAGAUUUCGUGUUGGAGGAUGGUAGUUUUGAUACAGAGGUUGAGAGGGCAUUCUUGGAUGGGAUGGCAAAAGUGAAGGCUGAGAGGAAAGCAAAGCAUGUGGACAACAAGCUGGAGUUUUUGAAGAGCAUUGGGUAUGGUGAGAAUGAAAUAGCCACAAGGGUAAUUCCUUUCCUGAACAGCACUCAGGAUUUGCUGCAGGAGCGGUUUGAUUACCUCCUGGAAAGAGGGGUGGAGUACAAGAUUCUGUGUCGGAUGUUGAGCGUUUUUCCAAAGGUGCUGAACCAGGGCAAGGAGAUAAUGAGUGAGAAGUUGAACUACCUCACAGAGGAGCUGGGUUACUCGUUGGAGUACCUUGAUUGCUUCCCAGCAUUUCUGUGCUUUGAUUUGCAGAACAGGACCAAGCCUAGGUAUACAAUGCUUCGGUGGCUUCAAAAGCAUGGCUUGCUGAAAAAAAUAUUAGCCCCAGCAACAGUGCUUGCUAACUCGGAGAGGAGGUUCAUUACAAACCUCUACAUUGUGCAUCCUGCAGCUCCAAAGUUGUGGCUUGAGUGCUUCUCUUCAAGAAUACAUAUGGAGUAUUAUCUCAAGAACAUGUCUUGAAUUUUAUUGACAUGAUUGUGAGAGGUACAGAGGAUUUGUCAUGUGCAUCAUGUGGGUUGGAGGUACUUGUUAGUUGUAAUCGUUUUCCAUUGUGCAAAAUUCUUCGCUCCUGUGUAUUUAGCUGUAGGGCGCAGGAUGUAGCUUGAAAUGGAAUAUACCAAUCAGAUAGCAAACCUUAUAACUUAAUUUGGCAAAACUGUGCUGUAAAUUUGAACUCAACUCUGAGGUCAGUCACAUUUCCACAAUCCCUUUUGUGGCUUUGCACUGAUUAGAACAAUAUGAUGAAUAGAUGAAACACUGCUCCUGAUAACAGUUAAAAUGACAGUUUAUCGACGGUGCCAUAGUUGUAAUUUAGUAGCAUUGUUAUACAUCAUCAGAUUUCCCUGAUUCCCUUGA